GGCGCGUCCGUGACGCUUAUUGAGCGCGUCGGUUUCUGCGGUGGCUCCUGGGAAGGUUAUUGGCGGCCGAUCAGGUUUGAGGGUCGUAGGUGUCAGUUGACAGUAGAAAGUGUGUUAGCGCAGUGAGCCCUUAGCAUUUGCUGAUCGGCCGCCCAUGCAAAAGAUGUUGUCUCUCCUGUCCCGUGUGCUGAAGGGCCCAGCCCAGAAGCCUGUCACUGGGGCUGCUAAUGAGGCUGUUCGUGUAAUGGUGGCGUCACGUAACUAUGCAGACUUUGCAUCAGAAGCUACGUUUGACAUUAAGAAAUGUGACGUUCACCGCUUGGAAGAGGGACCCCCAACCCAGGCUGUUCUAACUCGGGAACAGGGGCUCCAGUAUUACAGGACUAUGCAGACAAUCCGUCGCAUGGAGCUGAAAUCAGAUCAACUGUACAAGCAAAAGAUCAUCAGAGGAUUCUGCCACCUUUAUGAUGGGCAGGAAGCCUGCUGCGUAGGUCUCGAGGCUGCUAUCAAUCCCACUGAUCACUUGAUUACUGCAUAUCGAGCACAUGGUUAUAGCUACACACGGGGAGUGUCUGUGAAGGAAAUCCUAGCUGAGCUGACAGGAAGAAGAGGUGGCUGUGCCAAAGGUAAAGGAGGCUCUAUGCAUAUGUAUGCUAAGAACUUCUAUGGAGGAAAUGGAAUUGUGGGAGCUCAGGUUCCCCUUGGAGCAGGCAUUGCUCUGGCCUGCAAAUUUUUUGGAAAAGAUGAGAUCUGUGUGGCGUUAUAUGGUGAUGGUGCUGCUAACCAGGGACAGAUAUUUGAAACCUAUAAUAUGGCUGCUUUAUGGAAGCUGCCCUGUAUCUUUAUUUGUGAGAAUAACAGAUAUGGCAUGGGGACCUCUGUGGAGAGAGCAGCAGCCAGCACAGACUAUUACAAACGAGGAGACUACAUCCCAGGCCUUAGAGUUGAUGGCAUGGAUGUUCUAUGUGUUAGAGAAGCCACACAGUUUGCAGCCGAUCACUGCAGAUCUGGAAAGGGCCCAAUUUUAAUGGAGCUCCAGACCUAUCGUUAUCAUGGACACAGUAUGAGUGACCCUGGUGUAAGUUACCGUACCAGAGAAGAAAUUCAGGAAGUGAGAAGUAAAAGUGAUCCUAUCACCCUUCUUAAGGACAGAAUGUUAAACAACAACUUGUCUAGUGUGGAGGAAUUAAAGGAAAUUGAUGUGGAAGUACGGAAAGAGAUUGAAGAAGCGGCUCAGUUUGCUACAACUGACCCAGAACCUCCACUAGAAGAAAUUGCCAAUCACAUUUAUAACAAUGAGCCCACCUUUGAUGUCAGAGGAGCAAAUCUCUGGAUCAAAUAUAAAUCAGCUAGCUAAACCUCUUCAGUCCCUCCUCUUGUCAAUGUCGCCUGUUACGUUAAGGCCAUUUUAAUGGGUUCUGGCUCAUGUUUGCUCCUCACUGCUGGGAUGAGGACUCGCAGCAAUUCUUGAUGUUGCACCAGUAAUGUCAUCCAUUUGGACAUUUUUUUUUUUUUUUUAAAAUAAGGACUUGGAAUGUGUUUGGGAAAGGGAGGAAUGCCUUUGUGUUUUCAGACAGAAAGUAAAUCUGAAUCCAUUUCAUUUCACUAGCGCUCCACAAGAACUUGAGCUAUGCUUUUCUUCCAUGGUUUUCCCUCUUAGAUUCUGGCUGAGAAAUGUUCUCUUAAAAUGUAUGUUAACUUUUUCAAGUCUUUCAAGUCAAGUUAACUUUCAACUCAAGUUCUGCUUUUUUUCAAAUGAAAUGUUAUAUAUUUAUAGGAUCCUUAUUUUAAAGUCUAUUAAUUAUGAAUUGCCAUUUAUAUAUUUGCUGAAUCAUUAUUCAGUCUGUUUCAUUAAAACUGGCCUCAACACAAUGA